CCGCUUCUCACGAGCACCGGCACAUAGGUAAGAUAAGAGCUCUGCCAGUCGGUCAGUCAUCCCGAGAGGAGAGCACCGGACAGGCUGAUUAAACCAUCUGGUGAGCCCACACACCCAGAACCAGUUGAGAAGUGACAGCUGGAGCCUUUUUGACGCAAGACGCGCAAAGACAGCAGCGUGCCCACCGCACUUGGACCUGGCAGUUAACCCAAAUUAACCCAUAAAUACCUGCAGACUAAAAUGGAACGGAAAAUCCCUGAUUUCUCUGGCACCUGGGAGAUGAAGAGUUCUGAAAACUUCGAGGAACUAUUAAAAAAGCUCAAUGUGAACAUGAUGCUGCGUAUGAUUGCGGUGAAGGCAGCAGCCAAGCCUCUUGUGGAGAUUAAACAGGACGGAGAGACAUUGAACAUUAAAACUUCGACCACAGUCCGCACCACUAACAUCACCUUCACCGUAGGACAGGAGUUCAAUGAGGCCACAGUGGACGGGCGUCCCUGCACGAGUUUUCCACUUUGGGAAACUGACAACAAGAUCAGCUGUGAUCAGACUCUUCAGAAAGGAGAAGGUCCAAAGACAUCUUGGACCCGGGAGAUCACUAAUGACGGCAAGCUGAUCCUGACCAUGAAAGCGGACGAUGUGAUAUGCACCAGAGUCUAUGAACGACAGUAAACAAGAGCACUUCUUCAACUCAUCGUCCUUCCAGCCACCCUCCUGUCCCGCUUCACCACUUGCGUCACAACACUGCUCUGUAAAGGCAGUGCUAGGAGACAGCAGUCUGUAGUUUUAGUAUCUCUGUUAGCUUUCCUAUGUUCUUAGUAUGGUAACUGUAUCAACUAUGUAAAGUAUUGUAUCAUCACAAUGGUCUUAGCUGUCUGACCCUACAGCUGCCUCAAGUGUGACCAGCUGUGUUUUAAACAUGUAUGUCACUUUGUAUGUUGGAUCUUCUGAAUGUCAGCCUUUUCAUUUGGCAUUGUGCAUAUGUGAGUGUGUGUGGCAGCAGAAGAGGAGCGAGAGUAUAUUUGUACUUUGUAGAUAUGGAAACCAAUAUUUGAGCUCUUCAAGUUUCAGGUCAGUUUGAAUGUGUCCCUUCUUUUUAAUCCUGUAGCCCCACUACUUAGCCUUUUCUAUUUCACAGCCCCAUUUUCUAUUUAUUACUACACUAGGAGUCUGAUACAGUACAGCUAAAGUUUUUACUUUGUGUCCUUUUUAUAUGAAAUGUGAUCAUAGGAAACUUAAUUUUCUAUGGGAAAACAAUAAAGCAUGAUAUGACCUCA